AUGACAAAAAAUCAAAUACGACCUUCCUUGUAUUUAGAAGAAAAUCAAACUCUUCUGAAGCCAUCCAAAGCUCCUUCUCAUGAGGUUGUACUCUCCAUCAAAUUUUGCCUCAUUACACUUUUGUCCAGUUUGGUCGUGUUGACAGUGUUUGUUUUGACAGUUGCAUGGCUGUCUGGAUUUGUUCCUACUCUCCUUGAACUUUCUUCCAGUGCAAGAGAAAAACAAUUUCAAUUAAUAGUUGAUUAUUCUAACAAGAUAUUAGAGGAGGUAGCAAUUGGAAAUCAAGAAUUGAAGCAGCAGUUUUUUACCGAUGAUUACAACUUUUCAUUUUCAUCUAUCAUGAAGAAAACAUAUGCCACCUACAAGGCAUCUCAGAAAUAUCUACCAGGGGUCACUGUUUCGGCCUUUGUUGGAGAUCCUUUCAAUAAUGCUCAAAGUACAAUUUCUUUUGGAGAUGUUUUGGCUCAGAUCAAUAAUUCUAAUGCACUGGGAUCUGUAAUCUAUUUUUGUGGUAAUUAUACACUUUAUGACCAAUGUAAUAGAAGCUCCGUACCAGACAAGAUUGUCAGCGCGUUUGACAACUCGUUUUUAAUCAAACAGUGUGAAUCAAAUCCUAACCAUCAAUUCUACACUUCAAGUUAUGUGUCUCAAAAUGUUCAAUUUACUUUUAUUACCAUAGUGAAUUGUGCUGUCAUUCCAAGUCUUUCUUUGACACCUGGUCAUAAUUUUCAUUAUUUUAUUGGGAAUGAUUUGACCAUAGAUACCAUUUCCAAGUUUUUAUUGAAGAGUGUCCAAUCCAUAUAUGGUUCAAGAUCUUUCAUUAUCGAGACUCAAACAUCUUAUGUCAUUGCAGUGGAUAAUGACUCGAGUCAAUUGACAGAAUGGAAAGCAGAUGGCUCCUUUGAUAGGAAGACAUCUGAAAACAUUGCUGAUCCAACCAUCGUUUCCUUAUCUAAAAUAGUUCUAGCCACUCACAAGUCGUGGAAUCAAAUACCAUGUAACACCUAUUUCAGUAUGUCAGACACGACACAAUACAUUUCAAUUUACAGGUUGUGUACCAGUACUCGAAUCGAUUGGAUCAUUGUUUUAUCAGAACCAAAAUGGAACACCAUUCGUUCGACAAUCAUUUCCAUCAUUUGUUCUCUAAUUGGAAGUAUUUGUGUCAUCCUGUUAGGAAUUAUUCUAGGUGUGAUUGUUUCAUUACGUCUUGUAAAACCAUUUAAUCAUCUGAUUCAACUCUUUGAGAGCGUUGCCCACAUGGAUUUGGAGUCGAUUUCUCUCUAUGGAACUAUAUUCUUAGAAGUCAAAAUACUACAAAGACAAUUCUUGUCCAUGGUUGAAAAAAUCAAACUCUACAAAUCUUUCAUUCCACGACACUUGCUCGCAGAAUUGGAAUCUACUUCUUCUGAGGAGAAUUCUCAACAGAAUAAGGACACAACUUCCAUGUUAGAUUCUAGCACUCAUCCUUCUUCCUCGAAUGCUGCUCACAGUACUCGUACUGGAGUUGGUGUUAGAAGAUAUAGUAAUGACCAUCCAAACAAAUUUGCUCUUCAUUUAGAAAUCAAAUCUUCAAGUUUUGUUCAGGUUCAUUUGGGAGGUAUUGGUCAGUUGUUGAAUCAGUCAAUUCCACCCGAUGAGAUUGUCAAAUUGUUGUCAGAUGUCUAUCAUCAGUUGCAUGCCGUUUCGAGACAUCACGGAGGUGUCGUGAGUUCAAACUUUGACAAUGAAUGUGUCACAAUUUCAUUCAAUGCCUCCACUUCUCAAGCCAAUCAUCCUCUGAAAGCAUUGACGACUAGUUCCGUUCUGAGACAAAAAUUAGCACAAGUCAAGUCAACCAAAUGGAAUACUCUUGUGUUCCACGAGUUAUUGAACCAUGUUGAAUUUAGGUUUGGAGUCCAUUCCCAACAGUCGUACUGUGGAAAUAUUGGAACGAACGAAAUCAAGAAUUAUUCCAUCAUUAGUAGUGCACAGAGAAAUCUUGAGCAAUUGAUUCGUGUUGCCCAUCGAUUGUGUGUCGAUAUUGUAUUCUCUGAGGCCUUGUUGAAAGAGGCACUGCAUGGUUAUCAAGCUCGAUACAUCGACACUGUUUCAAAAUAUGAUGAUUUCACACUCUCAACCCUUUACGAGACAGAUCAUUCACGAGCACCCUUUGAUCCCCAUAAGGGUAUGAAGGUUUAUGAAUUGGGUUUGAGCAAUAAGGUGAAUGAGGAUGAAUGGAUGUAUGAAUUACAAGAAAAGACCAAGAAGAGUCAAUGGCGAGAUUACAACGAUGCAUGUGCUCUCCUUUUUGAAUACAAGUACGGGGAUGCUGCCUCUCAAUUUAAAGCCUUCUCGAAUGAAUAUCCACUCGAUACACCUUCAAAAUACUUGUAUCAGCAAUGCAUUAGAUAA